GAUCAAUAUGCGGCGUCGAUGCGACACGCCCUCGGAAGCCUGCGCCCGCAAGUGGAUGAUGCAAGCUGUGGACUCGGAACACAACCAUCCUGGUAUGUGGGAGCCUCCGCGAGCGGGCUUUGUUACAUCCCGUUGCCAUCCCUUGAAAUGGGAUAUCCAUGACUCGUACCAUCGGGGAUGGAGUCAGAGAGCUGUCUUUGGUUUUCAUUAGACAUCAGGACAGCCUGUGCACUCUAUUCAUAUAAAGACUCCCAUCGUCAGCGUUUUCCGCCAUUCCUCGGCGCUACCGCCCAUGGUUUGGGACGCGUUUCGUCAGCACGAGCGCAAUGCGAACAUAAUCUCUGGCUCACAUGCUCAUCAUAUCACUCUUCUACAAGCCCAUUCACAUUAGACUUCGUGUUGUCAUGCACCGAAGGACCACUCGGCUCAUAUCCCAUUUUCAUCUUUACCACCGCUCCGUUCGACACACUCCUCGACACGAUGUAUGUGUACCCACGGAUAAAGGCUCUCGUCGAUGCACUUUUGCAGAAUAUCCCCCCUGAGAGGGUAUUCUCUGUUUUCGCUCAAGAGCCGGUCACCCGCGUUUUUACUUCCCUUUGGGAGGCAAACACUCAAAUUUCGAGUUAUAAGACGCCAUACUAUGCUGCGAAUUUGACGUACUGCACGAAGCAGACAUUCGUCAAUCGAAGCACAACGCUUAUUCCCGGGAUCUCAUUCACUCCAAGGCUCGCUGUAGAAAGUGACAUCGACGCCGUGGCAUCCCUAUGCAAAGGUUUUGCGGCUACCUCUGAACCUUUCACGCUCUGCAAGAAAGGUGCCAAGAAGGACGCAAAAUAUCUUAUUCGCCGUAACUAUCUUUGGGUGCUUGAGGCCAAGUGCGACGGAGAAUCUUCGGAGAUCGCGUCAAUCGUUGCAGCGACGCGCCGAAGCGAAAAAGUUGCAGCCAUCACUAAAGUGUACACAAAUCCCCGUUGGAGGAAGAAAGGUUGCGCGGAACGUCUAGUGCGCUGGGCCUGCAGGCAGCUGUUGAAGGAGAAAGAGUAUGUUGCUCUUUACGUCGCGCACAACAACCCUGCUGCGGCGGGCGUUUACCAUCGAGUCGGCUUUGUUGGUUUGGGUGACACAAGCCAACAGGUUGACGGCGUUGACCCUUGGUUAGAAAUCGGCUUCGAUCAAGAAGCGGUUCGUCUUGGACAUUGGUGACAAACGUGAAAUCUCCUUUUCCUCUCCUUUCUUCAGUCUGCAUUGCCACACCCACUUAUAUUUUAUCAUUAGCAUUGCCUACUUUUGACCAUACUAAAAUUAUAUCCACAAGCCGGACUUUGAUCGGACAAUCGCACUUACAAUCUUUGUGUAUACCAGUCCCCGCACCUCCAUAUUUAUUACUUAUUGCUAGUAGUCACCAGCUCCUGCACAAUCCAAACUCCCGUCGUAUCUCUAAACUUC